AAAUGGAAGGAGGAACUGGAAUCUCAUCAAGUUCUGGUCAUGACAGCAGCUAUCUUACUGCAAAUUUUACAACAUGGCUACAUUAAAGUCAGUCAUAUUAAUUUGCUAAUAUUCGAUGAGUGCCAUCAAGCUGUAGGUAGGCAUGUUUAUGCCCAGAUUAUGCGAGAUUAUGUCCAUACUGAAGAUGCAAUAAGGCGUCCAAUCAUAUUUGGCCUUACAGCAUCAGUAAUUCAUGGGAAAUGCAAGGAAAGUCAAAUUGAGCUCAAGAUUAAGCAAUUAGAAUCAUUAAUGUUGAGUCGCGUAGCUACCACAACA